GGUGGUGCAAUAGAAGCCAGCCUAAUUGAAAAAAACGUAUCAAUGAUUAUAUUUAACACUGGAAGUAGAACCUGGAGACAAGAUUUUCUCACUUUAAACAAUUUUGAUGGCAGAAAAAAGAUGGCCAUACGUUGUAGGGGAAGCAAUGAAGGAACUCAUGGGACCUGAUGGACAAACAUGGGCCAAUAUGGAUCCAGAAGAACGAAAUUUAGCAGCUGCUACAGCUUUAGCCCAUAUUUGUGCAAGACAGGGUGAGGGAGAUGUCAGGAGAGAAGCCCAGUCUGCUCAGUACGAUCCCUACAGUAAAGCUUCAGUGACCCCAGGGAAGCCAGCUGCUCUUCCUGUGCAACUGCAGUACCCACAUGUAGAAAGUCAUGUCACUUCAGAAACAGGCUCAGAAGUCUCCCAAAGACUGAGAAAGCCAGUGAUGAAAAGAAAAGUGCUCCGGAGAAAGCCAGAUGGGGAGGUGUUAGUUACAGAUGAGUCGAUGGUCAGUGAAUCAGAAUCCGGUACAGAAAGUGAUCUGUAUCUCUGUGACUUAAGACAGAAGCUGAUGAAUCUGCAGUUCCAAGAAGACAGGGAAUCCCCAGUUGAUAUUUCACAAAAAUUUAAUCCACCACAUGAAUACCAAGGAAUCUCUCAAGAUCAGUUCAUUUGCUAUCUACAAAGAGAAGGAAUGGGCCCCCCGGCUUAUGAACAAGACCUGAUUGUGGCCAGCAGACCCAAGUCCUUCAUUCUUCCCAAACUGGACCAGUUAAGCCGCAAUCGAGGCAAGAUAGACCGUGUAGCCCGGUAUUUUGAGUACAAACGUGACUGGGAUUCAAUGCGAAUACCUGGUGAAGACCACAGGAAGGAGUUACGCUGGGGCAUCCGAGAGCAGAUGCUUUGUAGAGCAGAACCCCAGCCCAAACCUCAGCAUAUCUAUGUUCCAAACAAUUACUUAGUACCAACUGAGAAGAAAAGAUCCGCCCUCCGUUGGGGUGUUCGCUGUGACCUUGCAAAUGGGGUCAUGCCCAGGAAACUUCCCUUUCCUCUCUCUCCUUCCUGAGUUGUCUUGCUUGUCUCUCCUUUCACAGGGCAGUCUGCCUUACUAUCUCUCUUAAAUGGAAGGAAGAGACUUAAAUAACCCACAGAAAAUUACAGUACAAACUUAACCCAUCAUUGGUCUCUCUGAGCUGAUUACCUCUCUCAAAUUCAGAGGUUGUAAAAGAAAUCAUUCCAGAGAAAAAACACAGGCACAGCCUUCCUAUUCUGUCAAAUUAGUAAGCAACACUUCCUUCCUGCUGUUUGAUGUAUUUCUGUGUUUUAAUAUGUGCUGGGCAUUAUCU